AGCUGAACGGCUCGAGUGGCUGUGUGAAUACAUGCGCUCGCUGAGCGAGCAGAGUGUCCCCUAAGGUGGGAGGCACGUUCAAGCUGCUGGUCGUGAUCAUCGACAAGGAUGCCGUAGCACAUCGAAUGCCAUCAGGAUUAGGAAUUGUGAAGGAGACGUUCUCCGCAGAUGUGACCAUGACUGUCAUAUUCUCAAACAACCGUCUUGGAAAGCGCUUUGGCUAUGCUAUGGUCCCCCUUCAACAGCAAUUCUCUGGCGUCGGUCUCUUGGGAGGUAAGCAACAUCCCCCCUUUGUAAACCCCAACCGCACCCUACAUAGAAGACUAGUCGGUCGUCAGGUCUGCGCAGUCAUAAUCUACCAACCAUUCGGCCUGUCGACGCAGAAAAACGCCCUCCUAGUCCAGGCCUGUCUGCAAAAUUCUAUACACAUCCGCUGCGCUUGGGCCUUGCUACCUCGUCGAGCGCAUCGGCCGACGGAACUGCAUCAUCUUCGCACCCACAAUCCAAACCCUCAGACUAGCAUGCAACUGCAGCUUAGCCGUGGACACUCGGGGUCAGAACAACACGACUGCGUGUGCUUUCAUCGGCAAGAGCUCCACACAAGUCUCUUCAAUGACAUACAAGACCUAACGUCUGACGCACCACAGCCGUCUUCAUCGUCAUCAACACCUGCACCUACUGACUCCUCUCCACCGGCCCAACCGUGGUCUACGUCAACGAGAUCUUCCCCACGCACGCGCGCGAAAUGGGAAUCGGUAACGCUGCAGCAAUUCCGAUUGGCAUAGCCGUCGCUCUCGGCCAGCAGUGGCCUACCGCUACGGAGAAGCUGGAACUGUAUUCGUACUUCAUUCUUCUGGGUACGUGUGAAUUUGGCACGCUGUUUGUGUGGGGAUUCGUGAAGGAGACGAAGAGGUUGAGUAUUGGAGGGGUUGAUGUGGUAAGCAGUAAUUGGUUGGAGGAGAUAAGUAAGAGGUUGUACCGACGAAGCGUAGUUGUUUGGGAAGAGGAUCGUGUGGCUAAGAUGGAGAGCCGGGAUCAUGCGGACCGCAAGAACAGCGUGCUUUGA